AUGAGAUUCAUCGCGGUAGCUGCCGUGCUCGGCUCGAUGCUCCCUCUAACAUUGGCAUACUGCUGCGGCGGAGACGGCUCUGGUAUCUGCGGCGACGGAACGACCCAAGGUGCUGGGUGCUGCGGCUAUGGCCCCUGCAACAUUUUCUGUUGCAACUGUGAUCCCAGCGGCGGUACCUGCAGAGGUGGCCGUGGAAACAAGCGAAUGAGCGAACUCCCUGCGGCUUUCAAACGUGACGUUGACGCGGGGACUGAGGCGACGUUCAACGAGAUUGACAAGUCGGGGUCGGGUUCCUUCUCUCUGCAGGAAUACCUCGAAUGGAUGAACGUUAGUGCCGAUAAUAGCCAGGUUCAUGAGCAUUGGGUAAGCUGGUUCAAGCAACACGACACAAACGACGAUGGAGUUAUCACGUUGGAAGAGGCCGCGUAGUUGCGGGAUGAUCUGAUCCUGGUCGAGUUGGCCAUGCACCCAGCUCACAUUUCAUGUUAUAUUCCAAGG